AUGUGCUUUCGCAGCAAAGAGAAAGCCAUCCAAGCCUCUGCAGCAAGCAAGUGCACCGUCGCUCGUCGUCAGACGCGUAGCACAUCCCCAGACGUCGGAUCUGGCUUUGGCCUUUUCGGUAGCGCGCGCGAACGGCUCUUCUUCUACCAUUUCUGCUCCAUCACCAUCGUCGAUUUCGUCCGUCUCGCCACUCCGAAAGACUUCUGGUCCCGAAGAGUGCUUCCGAUGAGCCAUAACGAGCCUGCGGUGCGACAUGCAGUGGUUGCGCUCGGUGCAGCCCAUCAGCUCUACCUCCAAAAGCUUUCAGCGCCUCUUCUGGAAGAUACAAACGCGUCUAUGGCCCGUCUGGAAGUUAUUGCUACACAGCAUUACAACAAAGCCAUCGGAGACCUAGUGUGCAUCAAGGAUUCCCAGACGUCAACGACCGUUGAUGCUGAGGUCACGAUUCUGACCUGCUGUUUACUCUUUGUUUGCUUGGAGAACUUGCUUGGUCGCUUCGACGAGGGCAUUCGUCACAUGCGGGCCGGCGCACGUCUGUUGGAAACAUGCAACCUGUCGGCCGCUUCAAGCGACUCGAAACAGCUGAUGCAGGAGAUCGGGACCGUGUUACUUCGCUUCGGUGUGGACGCAGCCAUGCUCGUUGACGAUGAAGACGUCAUCUCCGACAUGACGCCAUAUGCCACGCCAUUGAUUGAGAUUGAGGAAGAGCAGACACCGUUUCCAAGCGUUGCAGAAUGCAAAGAGGCCUUGUGGGACCUGGAAAUCAGGCUGUUCAAUACCGAUCCUGGUUGUGAUGGAGAUGAAGAGACUACGAUAGGUCGUGGUCCAGAUAGCGAAACGAUAGAGCUCACCGCAUCUUUCGAGCGUUGGAAGAAGAAGUUCGACCUCCUCGUCUCAGCUUUGGCCGACUCACGGAGUUUACCGAAGGAAGUUCAGCGCGAACUACUUGUCCUCAUGCUUCGCAGAUGCGCACUGGAAAUAAUUUUACUUCCAGAGACUGAAGACAACGACGAAGAGUUAUCGAGGCUCAACUAUGAGCUCCUGGACAUGGCGGGGCAUUUGUAUAGUAUGGAGGCAUCGUGGUUGGGACGGCCAAUGUUCACGCUGGAUAGCGACACGAUUCCUUCGCUGUUUUUUACAGCGACAUUCUGCGAGGACCCUAUCUUGGUUCAGCGCAUCAUCACUCUUUUACGCCAAUCUCGGCGGCGAGAAGGCCCUUGGGAUAGCUGGGAAGCUGCGAAUAAGCUUGAGCUAGGGCCAAAGAAACUGUGUAGUGUUAGCAAUUAG